AUGUCUGCAAAAGUCUGGCUCAUCACCGGCUGCUCCUCGGGCUUCGGCGCCGCACUAGUCAAGGAAGCACUCAGUCGAGGCUUCGCUGUCAUCGCCACCGCUCGCAAUCCCGCCAAGAUCACAGACCUCAAGGAUGCCGGCGCAGCAACGCUUGCCCUCGAUGUCACCAUGCCACUGCCCGAGCUGAAGAAGAUCGCCGAGGAGGCCUUCAACAUCCACGGACGCAUCGACUACCUGAUCAACAAUGCAGGAUUCAGCCAAGUCGGAGGUCUUGAAGAGCUCACGCCUGAGGAGACGCAGGCUCAAUUCGAUACAAACGUCUUUGGAGUUUUGAACGUAAACCGAGCUUUCUUUCCUUAUUUGCGCAAGGUGCGAUCUGGUGUGGUCGCGAACCUUAGCAGCGUCGGCGCCUGGCGAGGAUAUGCUGGUGUCGGGUUGUACUGCGCUAGCAAGUGGUGUCUGAGCGGGUUGUCUGAAUCAAUGACGCUUGAGAUGAAGGAGUUCGGUAUCAAGGUGUGCUGCGUCGAAGCAGGCUACUUUCGCUCCAACUUCCUCGUAGGCAAGGCAAAAGGUGACUUCCAAGGCCGUAUCGCCGACUACGAUGGAAGCGCUGUUCGUAAAGGCGAGGAGCUCAUGGAUUGGUAUAACGGAAAGCAGCCCGGAGACACCCAAAAGGGAGCAAAGGUGAUUGUUGAUACACUUACCGAAGCCAACGGCAAGCCUGUCCCUCACCGCCUCGUCAUUGGCAAAGAUUGCUACGAGAGCAUCAAGCAGAAAUGUGAGGAGACUUUGAAGCUGUUGGAGGAGCAGAAGCAGAUUUCUUGCAGCACUGAUCUUGAUGAUACGAGCUACUGA